ACACACUCAGAUUUCUUUACUGAAACGUAGCAGCCUACCCAAAGUUAUGCAAAGUUAGGCCUAUGUCUGUCAACGUUUCACACGGUCAGGAUAUCGGAUGUCACUUCUACAAGUAUCCCAGGCAUAUAUUUGAACCUUUUUGAGCUCUUUAGUUAUUUAGUUACUUAGGCUACUCGCAAAAGAAGCAUUAGCAUUCACAUAACCGGCGUAUUGUAGGCUACAGAAUGGACACUAUAAAAUUCAAAAUUGACCGAGGUCCUCCGACGUUCCUCUUUGUGACAUAGUAAAAGGGGGCGGGGCUUGGGAUCGGUCAAUUUCCCACAAGGUUAAAUUAAACUCAUUGCAAAUGUAACAAGUUAGGCCACACAUUCGCCUGUGCGCGCAUCUGUGCGCGUGUAGGCUAAUGUGUGGAGAGAAGCAGACAGGGCCGGUUCUCCCGACAUGAACAUGAAACCCAAUUAGCAUUCAGGGCAUGGAAAACGGAAGAAACUUCACGAAAAUGAACAGGAGGAACAGCAGUCGGAUUCAGGGAGAAGAAGAACAUCUAGUAUGGAAAGACCUCCAGAGUUUAGACUUGUUCUUGUUGGGAAGACGGGAGCAGGGAAGAGCUCCAGUGGAAACACUAUACUGGGAAGAGAUGCCUUCAGUGCAGCUGUCAGUCAUUCUUCAGUCACCAGACAGUGCUGUAAGCUGAGUGGGGAGGUGUUCGGCAGAGAAGUAACCAUCGUUGACACUCCUGGCCUCUUCGACACCUCGUUACCUGAACCCACUGUGAAGAGGGAGAUCUCCAAAUGCAUCAACAUGUCGGCCCCAGGGCCCCACGCCAUCCUGCUGGUCAUCAAGGUGGGGCCGUUCACCAAUGAGGAGCAAGACGCUGUGAGGCAGGUGGAGGAGAUCUUUGGAGAGGAUGCCUGGAGGCACACCAUAAUCCUCUUCACCCAGGACGACCAAGCUGAGCCAGACAUCGAUAGACAACUGAGGGAGGCAGGACCUGAGCUGCAGUCGAUCCUAAAGAAAGUGGAAAACAGAUUCCACUGCCUCCAUAACAACCAUGUUGAUGAUCGUAGCCAGGUCCUGGACCUGCUGGAGAUGGUGGAGAAGAUGGUUGAUGCCAACAGUGGACAGUGUUACUCCAACUACACCUAUAUUGAGGUGGUGGAGAUGUUGGCCCAGAGAGAGUUGGAGCUCAGAGAGUUCUAUGAGAAGAAACUGAAGGAGAAAAUAAAAGCUGUAGAGUCAAAGUACGAGAAGAUGCUGAUGGAGGCUCAACAAGGUCAACCAGACACAAAGAAACGACGUCAGGCUGAAGUACAGGAAGUGAAGCGGUACUACGAAGAUUUAAAGCGAGAUGUCCGCCAUGUUGUAGAACAGACUGUGAAAACAGACUCCAUAGAAGACAUUCACAACUUUCACAUGACCCUGAAACUGAAGUUUACCUCCUAAACUCUGCUGGACCCUCAUGGCUUCGACCUUACAAAAUCCAUACUUCUCAUGCUGUUUCAUUUUCUAAGUAAAUCCCAAACUUUCAAAACACACAUAAUCUAUCAGAUUGAAUUUGGGGAAUGUACUGUAGUCAAACUGUCCAUUCAAAGUGUACAUUUAUAGGCCAAAAUUAACACGAUCCAUUAGAAGGUGGUUUGAUAUGAAAUGCUCUGACAGGAUCUCAGAAAAAAUCGACAUAAUAAAUAAUACAUAAAUAAUCUAUAUAACAAUAAAUAAAAUACAGUGUAUAGAAGGAAAUCCAUGCAUGGGAAGAAAACACUUUGAACUUUGUCCUGGUGCCACAAAUAAUGGGUAUAAGUAUAGGCUAAUGCUUAAGUUUAUGCUGUAUUCAUAACUGGGUGUCAUUUUGUCUUUCAGAUCUUAUAAAAAGUAAUAAUGUAAGAGCUCUUUCAUUUUUAAGAAAAUUAAUUUAUGUUACUUUCUAUACAGCCAGCCUAUAUAUUAUGGCACUGUGCUAAAACACACAAUUAUGCCCCCCUUCAUAUAGGCCUACAGUAAUAGAUUUUUUUUGCAUGGUAAAGGGCAUU